AUGUCGUGGAAAGCCUCGGAGCGGUUGAUGAACACCAUCCGCCACUAUGCAAAGUUCCCGGCGACCGGCGUCAGCCUGCGCCAGAUGGUCCAGUUUGGCGAGAAGCCCUCGGUCGGCACCCUGUUCCGCGCUUCGCAGUUCCUCGCCGAGGAGCUCCCUAUCCGUCUAGCACACCGAGUCCAGGAGCUUGACGAGCUUCCCGACGGCCUCAAUGAGAUGCCCUCGGUCAUCAAAGUCAAGGAUUGGUACGCCCAGUCAUUUGAGGAAAUCACCCAGCUCCCCCGGCCAAACCUCGCCCAGGAUGUGCGCACCCGCCUCAUGAAGCCCGGCAAGGCCUUCGGUCGCCAGGCCGUCCGCCUCCCCGCCGCAACGCCCAAUCCCUCAAUCGACGAGGGCGACUCCUCCGGCUGGGGCGGGCUUCAGUCCAAUUGCAACGGCAACGGCCGUGGCAAGGCCGUGACGCGCCGCUACUUCGCCGUCGUCGACGACUCCAGCGACUGGCCCGCCGACCUCCACUUCUACAACCAGCGCUUCGCCCAGACGCUUCACCAGAUCAAACGGCGCCAUGACGGCGUCGUCACCACCAUGGCCCAGGGUAUCCUGGAGUACAAGCGCCGCCGCCAGCGCAUGCAAAUCGACAGCACCAUCCAAUCCUUCCUCGACCGUUUCUACAUGUCCCGCAUCGGCAUCCGCAUGCUCAUUGGCCAGCAUAUCGCCCUCACCGACCAAAGUCACCACCGCGACCCCGCCUACGUCGGAAUCAUCUGCACAAAGACAAACGUCCAGGAUCUCGCCCAGGAGGCCAUUGAGAACGCCCGCUUCGUCUGCGAGGACCACUACGGCCUGUUCGAGGCCCCCAAGAUCCAGCUCGUCUGCAACCCCAACCUCAACUUUAUGUACGUCCCCGGCCACCUGUCGCACAUGCUCUUCGAGACCCUCAAGAACUCGCUGCGCGCCGUCGUCGAGACCCACGGCAUGGACAAGCAGGCCUUCCCCGUCACAAAGGUCAUUGUUGCCGAGGGCAAGGAGGAUAUUACCAUCAAGAUCUCCGACGAGGGUGGCGGUAUCCCCCGCAGCGCCAUCCCCCUCGUCUGGACCUACAUGUACACCACCGUCGACCGAACCCCGAGCCUGGACCCCGACUUCGAUAAGAGCGACUUCAAAGCCCCCAUGGCCGGCUUCGGUUACGGAUUACCCAUAUCUCGCCUCUACGCGCGCUACUUUGGCGGUGACCUGAAGCUCAUCAGCAUGGAAGGAUACGGAACCGACGUCUACCUCCACCUCAACCGCCUCUCGUCCUCCUCGGAGCCUCUCCAAUAG